ACCUAUUGCGCCGCUUCGAAACGGGUGCUGCACGCUGUUUUGUUGAUUGCGAUUGGAGUACUUCGGUUAUUUGCGUUGAUGACACAAUGACAAAAAGAUUUCACCGUAUGCUUCGAGCACGGUGAAGAGAAAAUAGAAGAAAGCAUAACCAGACGGAAACAAGCGGCUGUUUUGGGGUGGCCUUUCCAACAAAUCUCAGCGUGCAAAAAGUGCGUGUGCGUGCUGUCUGUGUCGUCGGUCGCCAGUGCGUGUAUUUGUGUUUCCGUUCUAUUGUGUCGCCUCCGUUUUGCAGCUUCGCAACUGUACCCUGCAGAACGUUGUCCGGUGCGCACAUUACAGUAAAGUGUCGUGAGAAGUGUAUUACCGUUAUUGUUAUUGUUGGCGUACAGUUCCGUACGCGCAAUACGUGUGUGCCAUCUUUCGUGAUUAGUUAUAUAAUUGCAUGUACGUAUGUGGCUCGUACACAUAUGCGCCAAUGCCAUGUGCCACCCUUCCCACACGCAGUGAUUCAAACGGAGCUGACCGUACUGUACCAGCGUGAAGCUACUACCCAUUUGAUUUGUUUCGUUUCGGCGACAGCGGCGCGAUUCUAAUCACGGGCAAGUGCGAAAAGUAGGCCUCGGGCAAGUCAUCGCGCGUAGAGAGAAAGUUCGAAGUAAACAAAACAAGGCUGACGUAAUUUCCAGCAGUGCAUACUAAGCGUGUGUGUGUGUGUGUGUUGUUUGUGUCCGAAAUUUGUCCGCUGGUCGCUUUUUCUAGCUGCAAAAGAAGCAGGAACGUAACGUAACAUUUUGGCCUCAUCCCCAUCAUGUACACGAUGAAGCCAAUUCCGGUCCAACAACUGCCGACGCAGCAACAACAGCAGCAGAUGGCCAUGCCGCGACAACCUAAGCUGACGCCGAUCACAGAAGACUACGAUAUAUCCAACACUGUACUCGGUCUCGGCAUCAAUGGCAAGGUGGUGCAGUGUACGAGCAAGGCGACGGGCCAAAAGCAUGCCCUUAAGGUACUGCACGACAAUGCCAAGGCACGGCGCGAAGUGGAGCUACAUUGGCGGGCGAGCGGUUGCCGAAACAUUGUAAAUAUCAUCGACGUGUACGAGAAUAGCUACAGCGGCAAUCGAUGCUUGCUCGUCGUUAUGGAAUGUAUGGAGGGCGGAGAACUAUUCCAACGAAUUCAGGAACGACAGGAUGGUCCAUUUACGGAACGAGAGGCCGCCCAAGUCAUGCAUGAAAUAUGUGUCGCUGUCAAGUACUUGCACGAUUCCAACAUCGCACACCGUGAUCUCAAGCCGGAAAAUCUGCUCUACACAUCGCCCCACCCGAACGCCAUACUAAAACUGACCGAUUUCGGCUUCUCGAAGGAAACGUUCAUCAAGGACACGCUGCAAACGCCCUGCUACACGCCCUACUACGUCGCGCCGGAAGUGCUCGGCCCGGAAAAGUACGAUAAGAGCUGUGAUAUUUGGUCACUGGGUGUAAUCAUGUACAUACUGCUGUGCGGAUUUCCACCGUUUUACAGUAACCAGGGCCUUGCCAUCUCGCCGGGCAUGAAGGCUCGCAUCCGUACCGGGCAGUACGACUUCCCCAACCCGGAGUGGAAAAAGGUGAGCCAGGCGGCGAAGGACCUGAUCAAGGGUAUGCUUAACGUUGAGCCCGAGAAGCGUCUAACCAUCGAACAGGUGAUGAUGAACCCCUGGAUUCGGCGCUACACGGAGGUACCCCAAACUCCGCUACACACUGGCCGUAUGCUGAAGGAGGGCGAAGAAAUCUGGCCGGAGGUGCAGGAAGAGAUGACACGUUCGCUGGCCAAUAUGCGAGUCGAUUAUGAGAUGCACAUCAAGAAUCUGGACAGCUCAAACAACGCACUGCUCAACAAACGACGGAAGCGCGUCGAAGAGAAAGCUGUCCCCAAAGAGUAGUUGUUCACGACAUUCACAGGCCGCCACACCUUAUGUUUUUAUCGUACAUAGCUCACGGGAAGGUUGUUUUAAAAGUGUUUCACUAAGAAAAGACUAAGUUUUAAUCAGCGUUGAGCAUGGUUUGCUGCAAAUGUAAUUGCUUGUAUUUUUUUUUUAAAUCAUUUUAACUUGUGCCGGGUCGGCGUGGAGAUUAGACAUUUUAAUUGCAUUGACAAACAAUCGAAAGACGACGAACGGCCAUCCUACACACGUUGCUUGUCGAGCGUGAGUAUAAGAAGGAGUUGGCGCCAAACAUCACAUUGCUAUACAUACAUACACUAAUGUAUACAUAUUUACAAUGGUGCUGCUACCGUGCGUUUGGAUGUCUCUCUAGCCUCUUGUUCUUGUCCGUCACGGGCGUAGAUUGGAGUUGGAGCACCAAAAGACAAACCAUUCGGUGAUGUGUGUAGCAUGGAGCGCGUGGAAGAAGAUUUUAUUGGCGAUAGUGUAGGCUUGAGGGAAGGACAUUUUAAAACAGUACGUGUGUUGCGCCGCGUGUACAGGAAUCGAAACAAAACCGGAAACAAUAAUCUAAAUGCUAGACGUAUAAUAAGCUUUUUGGCGUUUCAAAAGCAAAAACAAAGGGCUUAACUCUGUUCGCAGCCGCCAGGAAGCGUUCGGCAAACGUGUAUCCAUCCAUAGCAGUGAGACAUAUUUUAAACUAGCGAACCCUGAAAAGGCACAGACGCAGGGCAGAGCUAUCGACAUCAAAUCGAGCAAAUGGGAUAGAAGAAAAAGACUUAAACUCAAAAAAAGAACUAUAUAUGUGUUGACAAAUCUGUAUCA